AUGGGCCCACCAAGCACAGUUAGGAGCUCGACCCAGUACAACGGCUCUGCCUUGCCAUCGAGAUCUGUGACGAGGUCAGCGUCUCAAACUUUCGACCCCCACGAUAGUUAUGGCAGGCGCCAGGCCUCAAGCUCGCGGCAGUCAACGUCCGAUGCUCGUGCAGGCCAAAUAUCCUCCAACGACGAGAAUGCGGGCUAUGAGCAGGACCGCCACAGCCCUGUAGAUUUGGAGUCGGCCGCGAGCCCUGUAAGACGUGACUCGCCAGAGGGAGAUCAUGACACGACCAUUGCCACACCGAAGCGGACGCCCAGACUAUCCCUCGCCGAGCGCACAAUGGAAACUCUUUCGCAGCUUCCCUCAUCCCCUGCUGUUGGGCGGCGGACAAGCAACUUCUUUGACGGUGAAAGCAAUGGGAGGACACCGUCGAGGGGAGCAAGGUCACGCUCUCGGGCCGGCAGUGCGAGCUCACGGCCUGGCUCGAGCUACAGAGCUGAAAGCUCGAAUUCGCUGUUUGGUCGACCCCCAAGUCGCCCAGGGUCGAGUUCGGGCCAGCCGGACAAUCUGGUCACAUCGUUCAGGGCUUCGACGUCGUCCUUCAAGCCUCCAUUGCCCACAGUGAAAGGUACACCGUCGAAACGGACAAGUAUAGGAGGUGUUUUUGAAUCGCCCCGAACGCCAGGAACGGGUCAGACGGGUGCCCGGUACGGCCAGUUCGGCUUGCGGAAAAUGCCAUCACAAAGCACAUUGCCGACCGCCACAGACUCUCGUCUUGCCGCCCCUUCUCCAUCUACGGAGCAUACAACGACAAAAUAUGGGUCCAAAACCGUCAGUGGCCGGCCGCUCAAGCAGAGAGCUUCAGCUAUAGGUCUAUUCAAGAAGCCGGCUCUUCCAUCCUCAAGUGGCACAACGGUGGCAUCAAGCAAAGCGGAUGCAGACACCGUGGGGGCCUCAACCAGGUCCUCGGUUGCGUCCACAGAAGAUCACAACUUGUCUAGUGUGUCACCAUCUUCGACCGCUCCGACAGUUGAGUCUGUUGAAGACGCCGCCAUUAAUAACAGCAAGAAGUCAUCAGCAGCACUGAGGGACCAGAUUGCGAAGGCAAAGGCGGCUAGGCGGGCUGCCAGUCGCCAGGUUUCAUCCACGUCACAGCCGCCUCUCAAGAGCCCGCUUGUGCCCACGGACACUUCAUUUGACUUUGGUCUGAGUGAUGACCCCUUUGGACUCAACAAGCUCGAGGAUGCUGGUCGCAAGGUCAUGCAGAACCGAAUCAGUACCGCACGCACAACGGGCCGUCUAAACAUCGCAGCGAUGAGCCUGAAGCAAAUACCAGACGAGGUGCUCAAGAUGUAUGACCUUGAUAAUGUCAACGGCCAAAGCGCAUCAUGGGCCGAGUGCGUCGACCUGACCAGGUUCGUGGCAGCGGAUAACGAGCUGGAGACUCUUGAGGAGGCACUGUUCCCGGAUGUCGACCCCAGUAGCUUUGUGGAUGAUGAUGACUACCAAGGACAUCAGUUUGGAGGUCUUGAAGCGUUGGAUUUACAUGGGAAUAUGCUCAUAGGCUUGCCCAUGGGGCUACGGCGCCUGCAAGUUCUGACUACACUCAACUUGUCACAAAAUAAGCUUACCAACGGCUGCUUGGAGAUCAUCUCACAGAUUGUGCCUCUGCGCGACCUGAAGCUUGGGAACAAUCUCCUUUAUGGCCAGCUGGAUGACACAGUUACGGCCCUUGAAAACCUCGAAAGUCUAGAUUUACAUGGCAACAACAUCACUGCGUUACCGAAGAACAUGGACCGCUUGCGGCGGCUGCGCAUUCUGAACGUCAACGAGAACGACCUCACACGGUUGCCAUUUGACGUGUUGUCAGAGCUUCCGCUGUCGACAUUGUCUGCCCGCAGGAACAAGCUAAGCGGCACUCUGGUUGACCCCGAGGUUGAGAUCAUGCGGUCUCUGCAGAUACUCGACGUUGCAAUGAAUCAGCUCACUGCGCUGACCGCCUCGCAAAUCAUCGAGCUCCCGGUGCUUCACCAGCUGACAAUCUCAAUGAAUCGCAUCCAGUCUCUUCCAGAUAUCGGCUCGUGGAAGAGUCUGUUGACCAUUCAUGCCGAUGAAAACCUCAUUACCGAGUUCCCACAGGGCUUUCUGAAGCUCGGAAACCUUCGCCAUGUUGACUUCACGAGCAAUGAUAUCCGUGUCGUCCCUGCCGAGAUAUCACAAAUGAGCAAGCUCGACAUGCUCCGCAUCGCCGGCAAUCCUUUACGAGAGAAGAAGUUCGCGUCAUUCAGCACAGAAGAGCUGAAGACGGUCCUGGCUGCGAGAUUGGCGCCACAGGAGGAGGAACUUCCAAACAGCGUCGACGAUCUGGGCGGCUUGACAGACUACAUGGAUGGGGGGGCAUCACAGGCGACUCAAGCCGAGCCCGCUGCCCAAAGGCAGGACCGUGCAGACUCUGAUUCCGAGGAUUUUGCGACGCCACCAACCUCGGCACACAACUCGCCAUUGCGCCAGCGUUCUAACACUGCUACUGCUAUGUCCUGGCCUGUGAAGCAAGGCGGGGUCCUUGAUAGGUCGGCCACGCAGUCAUCAUCUCUGCACCCCGUUGUGUGCUCAAAGCUGGCAGCACAGGAGACUAUUCGAGAUAUCCGUCUCCACAACAACACAUUCACCAGCAUCCCUUCAUCCUUGUCAUUCUUUGCUGACACGCUCACGAGCCUCUCGAUUUCACACAAUGAGCUGGUUGGUGAGGGCUACAUCGGCCCAGAUGUCCUCGACCUGACGGCGCUCACGGAGCUCAACAUGUCCUCCAACAGAAUCACCAGCGUGACGCCGCUUACAACGCUGCUGCGCGCACCCAACUUGGCAAAACUAGACCUGUCCCGCAAUCGGAUUACAACGCUACCAGUGAUGCGGGAGUUCUUCCCCAGCCUGACCAUCCUGCUCAUCAACGAUAACCACCUUGAGGAUCUCAGCGAUGCAUCUAUCAAGGGGUUAAAGAUUGUUGACGCGCGAAACAACGACAUUGCACACCUGAAUCCGCGAAUCGGCCUACUCGGUGGUUCGGGAGGUCUGGAGCGGCUGGAGGUCACUGGAAACCGCUUCCGCGUGCCCAGAUGGAAUAUCCUGGACCUUGGCACAGAGGCAACACUGCGCUGGCUCCGGGGGCGAGUGCCCGUGGCGGAGAUUGCAGAGUGGAAGACUAAGGCAGGAGAGUCUAGGGAGGACUUUGAGCUUUGA